UGUGAAUAUGUCCCCAGCAGGCGGCGGGCCAUCCACGCCCGCGUCGUCUUCAUCCUCCUCGAUUAAAUACUCGUCCGCUGCUACCGAACCGCCUGCAUCUGUUGCUGCUGCAAGACAGCAACAGCAUCCGCAACAUUCUUCCUGGUCGAUCCCGCCGGACACGGCCGCCAAUCCAUCAGCAGAUCCGUCGUCGACUCCGAUCGACCUGCUGGACACAUGGUAUCCGCAGUAUCUACGCUGCACGCAGUAUUUCCUCGAGCAAGGCCAGUUCUCACCCGCGGUCCUAUCGCUGGCCGCGUUUCUGAACAUCCGUCUACCGUGCCAGCGGGGCGAGCGGCAAGAAAGCUCCUCCUUCUCGUCCUCGGACGCAGGGGGGCCAGCAGCAGCAGCAGCAGCAGCAGCAGCGCAUGUGCAGCUGCGGCGGUACGUCCGGCGACUCGUGGUGACGGCGCACGACAGCCCCGAGGUGCUGCAGGCCUUCUUCGGGGCGGAGUGGGCGGGCGGGGUGGGCUGUGUGGUGCAGCAGGAGCGGCAGACGUACCUGUUUACGGCGAAGAGCAGCGGGUGGGCGGCGACCAAAGCGGCGUACGACCUGUUGCCGGACGAGCAGACGCCCUUCCUGCGUCCGCUGCGGGCGCCGGCGGAGGAGGAGUUGCGGCUGGCGGAAUCGCGGUGGAGUGACUGGCUGGCGAUGGAGGACUGGAUGGUGGGGCCUCGGAGUCCGUGGAGGGAUUCAUGAUGUCUACGACUUUUCUUUUCUGGCGCUACGUUUCCUAUGUUCGUCUCGAUUUUCAUUUGUCAGAUUGGCACUGCAGCCGCAUAUGAUUACUGCAAUCGCAAAAAUGAUAGAAGGAUCAUCAUAUAGA